AUGACAGCUACCUAUUGUUUGGUGAUUCAAUUAUUUUCAGAUGAGGAUUGGAUGUUUGUAAAUGUCAGCCAAACUGAGAAUUUCAAAAUAUUUACCAAUCAUCGACUGCCUGACAAUGUCAGAUUUCGACUUUUUUGUUAUUUUCAAGAUAUGGGAGAGUUGGAUUUUGACAUUGAGCCGACAAGGAUCUUCUUGACCAGAAAUGGAUCUGAAGUGAUGAAGAAUUGCUCAGAUGGUCAAGUAAAUGAAAAAUUGGAUGAAAUGAUUAGUGACAGUUAUUGGAAUUUCACACGACGAAAACAAUUUCAACAAUAUUUCAUGAAAAUUACUGAACUGAAUGUGGAGAUACCUCUAAGAAUUGAUAAUUUGACGAAUUUACAAAUGCAUGUCAUGCCUAUUGACAUUUAUGGUUAUCCUGAAAAUGUUGGAAUGAUUUUCACAGGAUCCUAUUAUGUUAUUCCACUUUUUACAAAUUAUUCAACGCAGACAUCACCCUACUGGGAAUCUCAAUGCAAUGAUUUAACUUACAAUACUCGAUCUCAAUACUAUAUAUGGAAAUUAAUUGCCAUUUCAAUAGGUGCUUUGGAAUUUUCAAUUAUUCUCAUUCUACUCUUCUAUAGAAGGAAGCACAUUAUUCUAGAGAGUCGAUUUAUCAUUCCACACUUCUCCACCUGCAUGUAUAUCUUGCAGUGUGUUGUAAAUAUCAUAUUGAAUGUAAUUUAUUAUGAUCCUAAAUGGGAUACCAUGAUUGAAGAGCUAGUUCUCAUCAUUGUCAUGUCAUUGCAUCUGUUACAGGGGUGUAGAUACUAUGCUUCUCGAUUAUUCUAUUCGAGAUUCUAUUCGAAAAGAGAUGGCUUAAUGAUGAAGAUUCUCCUUUCGAAAAUUCCAUUUCUAAUAGCCAUUGUAACAGUUGUCUUGUUGGAGGGAGGAAUUGUGACAGCUCUCAUUAUUAAGGUACCCAUUACUGAGAUUUCAACAUUCUACGAUAGUAUUUCCAUUGUUUGUGGAGUGAGUUAUAUGAUUCUACUUGGAAUUGGUUUACUAGCUCACUUUAUUUCACAUUUCAAAUUUGUUAGAAAGUUGAGGAAACCGAAACAAAUUAUGAAAUGGUUCUUUUUAUAUGAUGAUGCAUUUGGAUAUAAUGGGGAGUUUUUAGUGUUUGUGAUUAUUUGGAUUUUAGCGGGAAUUCAUUUUGUAAUUUCUGAAAUUUGUGGAGAUUAUUUGACAAUUUCCUUAUAUGACGAAACUAGACCUUUAUCUAAAAAGUAUUUGAAUAAUGGAUUUGGAUAUGCACUGUAUGGGAUUACUAAAAUAAUGUCGACAAUGGGAUUUGGAUUGCAAUAUUUAUUUUUAAUUACAAUGACAUUUGUCAAGAAACGAAAGUUUGAUAAAUCUGACUUUCGACACCAAAAGGAUGAGAUGGACAUGUUCAUUUCCAAGAUAUUUAACGAUGGAAGUAUUUGUGUUGAAAUUCUGAAACGAUUUCUCAUGGCAGAAUUCAAAUUAGAAUUAUUAGAAAUCUACCUAUUCCUCACAGAGAAUCCAAAAUCAACACUGAUGAAUCUCGUUAAACAACAUCCUCAGAAUUACUUUGCCAUUAUUCGAUACUUUAAGAAAUCCAAUCUGGAGAGUGAGUAUCAAAUCUGCUAUCGAGAAUCUACCGAAUUAUUACUAGAAGUUUUUACCAGAUUGAAACAGACAGUUGUCUAUGAAGAGGAAUAUGUGAAAAAGAUGGCAGAAGAAAUGCAAUUCGUAUUGGAUACCAUUAAAUAA